AUAAAUGAAAUCAAAAUAAACUCUAUUAAUUAACUUAACGAAAUACGUAUAGUAUUUGAUAAAUGUCUAAGAAUUAAUUGAUCGUUAGUUAGUGCGAAACGUGCCCAUUAGCAUUAGAGUGAAAAAAAUUCAACGAAAAUAAUUAGAGAAUUUCCUUCUCUGAAGUUGUGCUUAUGUGUGCUAAACAACCAAAAAGAUUAUCGAAGCAUUUUUUAGAUACAACAGCGACAAUUAGACAACAAUUUUUUAAGCCCACUAACAUGGAUUACGUUGACACCCUACCUUUGGAGUGUGCGAGCACCACCUGCCUCUCCCUCAAUCGCCAUCAAAGCAGCCUGGAAGGAACGCCGCAGAAUGGCAAUCAGAGCGACAGCAGCACCCCGUAUAUUGAAUGUGCUUCAAAGCUGAUCACGUGCCGCCAUCGCAACACCAACUUAGUCUCCAUUCUCAUGCUCGUGGCGCUUUGUGCGAUUUUGUGCUUCUCGCCCGCCCACAGCUGUGGACCUGGUCGAGGUCUGGGCCGCCGCAAAGAGCGCAAUCUGUACCCGUUGGUGCUCAAACAGUGCGUACCAAACCUAUCCGAAUAUCAAUUGGGUGCCUCCGGACCGCUGGAGGGUGAAAUACAGCGCCAUUCGCCCAAAUUUAAGGACCUAGUACCUAACUAUCAUAAGGAUAUUAUAUUUAGGGACGAGGAGGGCACCGGUGCUGAUCGUCUCAUGACCAAGCGCUGCAAGGAGAAACUCAACACGCUGGCCCUGCUGGUGCUUAAUGAAUGGCCAGGCGUGCGCCUGCUGGUGACCGAGAGCUGGGAUGAGGAGCAUCAGCAUGGCUUGGAAUCGUUGCAUUAUGAGGGCCGUGCCGUUACCAUUGCCACAUCGGAUCGCGAUCAGUCCAAAUAUGGGAUGUUGGCGCGUCUCGCCGUCGAGGCCGGUUUCGAUUGGGUCUCUUAUGUCAGUCGCCGGCACAUCUACUGCUCCGUUAAAUCAGAUUCCUCCACCAUUUCGCACGUACACGGCUGCUUCACACCCUCGAGCACGGCUCUGCUGGAUAGCGGGGUGCGGAAGCCGCUCAGCGAGCUGGCCAUCGGAGAUCGAGUGCUGAGCAUGAACGAGCAGGGUCAGCCUAUCUACAGUGACGUCAUACUCUUCAUGGAUCGCAAUCUGGAGCAGGCGGAGAGCUUUGUGCAGCUGCAUACGGAGGGAGGCGCCGUAUUGUCCGUGACGCCGGCGCAUCUGAUCAUGGUGUGGCAGCCGGAGCAGGAGAAACUGAGCUACGUCUUUGCGGAUCGUGUGGAGGAGCAGAACUUUGUGCUGGUGCACAAUGAGGCGGGGGAGCUGCGUCCUCAGCGCGUUGUCAAGGUCACAACGUUGCAGGGCAGAGGCGUCGUCGCUCCCCUCACCAAGGAGGGCACCAUUGUGGUCAAUUCGGUAGCCGCCUCGUGCUAUGCGAUCAUCGACAGCCAGUCCCUGGCGCAUUUCGGUCUGGCGCCCAUGCGGCUGUGGUACAUGCUGCAGUCCUGGUUACCCUCGAAGGGGCAACUGCGAAGCUGCACUGCCGCCCACAGCUCAAAGGGCGGGGAGGUGGCCACGGGCAAGGGAACAGCGCAACAACAGAACGGCAUACACUGGUAUGCCAAGGCGCUCUACAAGCUGAAGGACUACGUGGUUCCGCUCAGCUGGCGUCACGACUAGACGCCGGUAGGGGACUUGGACUGGUCGCCUCAAU